GCAGCCACUGACAGAGACGAUUGCAUUACAGCUUUUGCCCGUCUUACUCGUUCAACACCAGAGCAAGACUGUAAAGAAUCUGAAGAAAACACACACGAUGUCUUAUGGAAGCACAGACUCGCUCAUGGUCAGCCCCUCGGCUCACGGCACCAAUAAAUUCGACACGGCCCACCGCAAGAAAGCUGUAGCUAACAUCUUCGAAAACGUCAACGAAGAUUCGGUUCUGAAGCUGUUUCAGAAAACCGGGGACAGCAAAGCACAGGAGAGAACCAAAAUCAUCUUCUCCCUGGACCAAGAGCCCGAGGAGAUGACGAGAGGCUUGAUGGCACUGAAACAGAGGAAAAAAGACAAGCUGCUCCGGAUUGCAAACUUUAUCCGUGCUUCGGUGAAACUGCUUUGAGCUACAAAUAAAAAAAAGCCGGUUAAGGACUUGGCUAGCUAUUACGACUACUGUAGAACAACUGAUGACAACGACUGAAGCAAGACACGGCGCAGAGCCACGAAACGCUGCUCAGUCAAGCGACACGCACUAUGAUGCACAGAGAAUGGCGAUUAAAUGAUGAAAGCGAAUACAAGAUAACGACAUCCCUUUUGUGCACGAUAAAGGAGCAUGCAAAAUUAUGAAGACAAAAUACAAACACGCACAGGACUUGAGAACACCAGAGACAGUGUGAAAUGCGUGACUGAAACAAAAACAAAAGGAAAAGUUCUGAACUACGCAUGUUUUAAUACGGGUCCUUUGUUUCCAAGCAAAACUAGAAAACGAGACUCUGUAUUGGACUGCUGUAAUUAAUCCACGGUGGUUAAUUGAUUUGACUUUUUAUGCAUUUGUUAAAAUGCGUCAACAUCGCGCCUUACAGGUGCUGUAAGUUCAGCAGAUGAUGCAACACGUUUGCGAGACUUUGGACAACAUUGGACACUUAAAAACUAAACUGAGGAAAGUGUUGCAUUGGGUGUGACUGAAUUGUUACCUUCUGUACCCGGUCUCUUGUGGCAAUAAAUGUGAUAACUACAAUAACCACGUUUAUGUUAUUUGUAUUAGUAAUAGUGGUUACCUGUUUUGCCACGCAUUUUUUUUUUUGUGAUGAGAAAUAUACAUGACACAAAAUGUUUUGACUGACCUACUGAGGAUGUCAUGUAAUCAACACAAUAAAUUAUUUAUAUUCUAUUGAAAUGAAA